CGAACGUAUUAGAUAUUCUUCUAAAUAUUACAAAUAUCUAAAACUCUAUGUAUACAUUCAAUUUUUCCUCCAUUAUAUAAUUUAUCCUGAAUCAUUGACAUUGACAUUAAUUGAGCAAUUCAUAAUUUUUAUCCGUCUAUCUAAAUCUGAUAUUUAGCUGCAUACACAUCGUUACGUAAAUUAACACGUUAACGUAACGUUUCUACAACAUUUCAUUAAACACGUUUACAUCCGUACAAAAAUACAUCGGUUACAUCGAUUAAUAUUAAAUCUUCUCUCCUCCUGUCCAUCUUUUCCUAAUCAACAAGUAUCUAAACAGAAAGAAAUAAAAUUAAACCAACGAGUUAAACAUCGUCAACUAUAAUAGAAACAUUUUAAUUACUCUCGACUCGCUUAACAACUCGAUUAAAUAACUCAAUUUACAUUCAUAUAUAAAACAAUAAUACUUCCCAUCUCCGGCUGCUACAUUAUGAAUGGAUCUUUAGGUCGGCCAUCUUAGUGAUUUGUCAUAUCGAGGCUUCUCACUCCAGUCUGUCUCCUUUCCCCACGAAGUCAGUUUUAUCGGUGUGUCAGCCGGCUUAUAAUACUAUUUUCAACAGCGUUCGCCGCCAGUCCGCUGUAGUCCACGACGAUAGAAAGCAACAACUCGGUCUUCUCGCGUAAUUGCAAGUGAUGUGCGAGCGAUCUGAAAAAGACUUGUUGGAUCCAUUGAUCAACAAAAUAGUGGCGAACCUUGGCAAAGAUUUCGACGAUGUACGGUACGAGAUAUCAGUGCCAGAAGAUUCCUUCUUCAUCUCGAAUCUGUACUUCCUCAACAUAAACUCAAAUGCCAAGGACACGGAUAAAAAGAGGACGGUCAACGUCGUUUUGAAGAAACCGCCAGCUAUAGCCGACGUGCGCGAUGUGAUGAGAACGAACGAGCAAUUCCACAACGAGAUACUGUUCUACCAAAGAUACGCGAAACACCACGAGGAAUUUCCUCGAUGCUUGCUCGCGGAGGAGAAACCGCCCUCCGAUUCGGUGAUCGUUCUCGAGAACGUGAUCGCCCAACGUGGAUACGAUAUCUCCAAAUGGAAACACGACGUACCUAUCGAAUACACGAUGGCCGCGUUUCGAGAGAUCGCGAGGUUCCACGCGAAGGCUUACGUGGCGAAGGAGAGGCGCGGUGAAGAAUUCUUCGAUUUCGUGAACGGUCUCCAAGAGGUCAGGUAUUAUUCGGAGUCGAUCUUGAAAGUUGUUUACGACGGGACGGCGAACAGAUCGGUGAAAUAUCUUCGCGGGCGGGGAUACGACCCACGAUUCUGUGACAAACUCGAGGAUAAAUUGAGGAAUACGUACGACGAUCUGGUCAUGAAAUACGUCAAACCCGAGGAACCUCUCGCGACACUUUGCCACGGGGACUUCACUAUGAACAAUACGCUGUUCAAGAAUGAAAAUGGUGAAAUUAAAUGCAUGUUCAUCGAUUUCGCGUUGACUAGGUACGGAUCGCCGGUCUUGGAUUUGUCCACGUUCCUCUGCCUCCACUGUGCGAGGCAGGUGGACAAGAGCAUGCUUGAUAAAGUUUUGAAGGAGUAUCACGAUUCCUUGACUCGAUGUCUCGAGGAAAGUGGCGUGGAUAGUGAGAAGUAUUCGUUCGAGGCUUUGCGAGAGGAUUACAAGAGGAAGGGUCUGUUUGGAUUUUUCGUCGCCACGUUUUUCUUGCCUACGGUGAUGGGUUUGGGUGACUGUAGUCCGGAAAAAUUCAUCAAGAUAGAUAUACAGAAUUGGGGAUCGGCGUUGUGCGAACAAGGUGGUGACGAAUGUUCGGAAAUUAUGGCGAAUAUGUUGUUGAGAUUGAAAGAAUUUGGAUGUUUGGACGAUUUGCUUGACGAUUGAUUUUUAAUACUCCUUCGUUAAAUUUUUAACUAUUCUUGUUAUUGUUUUUUCCCUUUAAAGUAUUUUAUAUACUGUCUUUAUUAAGUUCUUUUCAAUUUCCAUAUUUUACAAAUAUUUUUAAUACAUGAAAAGAAAAACCUGUGCUUUAUAAUUUUAAAACGUGAAACUUUAAAGUGAUAAUGAAAAGAGAAACGUGGAAAUAAACCAAAGAAGUCAAUACAAAUAAACAAAUCUUUGUACGUAUGUUUGAAUGCGAUUGUUUCGUUAUUUUUCUUAUCAUUCGUUUAAAGACGAACUGUUUCAAAGAUAUAUCUUUAUAACCUGAUUGUAAACACUGGCGUGAAAUUAACGUAUUAAUCACGUAUAUACACAUGCAAGCAUCAGUGUCUGGCAAUCAUCGUUUUUAUUACUCUUAUUACGUAAUAUAACGUCUUCUCUAUUUCUCAUCAAAAACAGAAAUAAUAACGCGCAAAAGAUUUUAUAAAGAAUUUUUCUAAAUAUUCUCCUAUUGAUCAAAGACGCACACCCAUCGAUUUCUAUAUCUAUAUCUCAAUAUCGAUCGUAAGAAACAUUGUCUGAACAUGAUAAUAUAAUCUACUUGAAAUUAGUAAACAGACAAGUAAUACAAGAGAGAAACGAUUUUCCUUGUUGACAAUAUUUUUCUAUUCUCGUAAAAGCUAUACAAUGUCUCGUAUUUAAGCACUAUUUUAUAAGAGUUAAUAAGUAUUAUGUAUUUAGAAUUUUUAAAUUUAAUUGAAAAAUGAUUUUAAUGAUAGUUUAUAUCUGUAUAAAAUUUAAUGAGUUAUGGUGCAAUAUUUUUUCAAUAAAAAUAUUUUUCCAUUUAAAUAUAAUUUUAUCUAACAAUUUUUAACAAUUUUUACAGUGUCAAUGCAAUGGAAUAAUCCAUCAGAACCUAAAUGUCAAAUAUUUUAAUGUAAUUAAAUAUAUUCA